AUGACAAAAAGUAAAAUCGUUCUUAAAGGAAAAAAAAACGGUAGUUAUAAUUUUCCUCCUGAAAAAGAAUUAAAAAGAGUUCGCGAAAAGGAGGGAAUAGCUAAUAUUGUUUUACCGAAAAAUGCUACUUUUUUAGAAAGGGUUAAGUAUGAAAUUUGUCAAGCGAUUUUGGCUUACCAACAAGAUAGUCACUUAACUUAUAGAAAUAUAUCGCAAAAAAUAGGCAUUUCUUCCGAGCAAACUGUGGACAUGCUGCGGGGAAAUAUCGCCGGUUUUGCCUUGGAUAGUUUAAUAACUUAUGCUGAGAAACUACACAUUCCUUGCCAAGUAAAAAUUACUACCAAAGAAAAUGGGGACCAACCACAAGCCAUUAAAAAAUUAGUCAAAGGUAUUGAAGAAAAAAAAAAAGAGCAAGUUCUUUUAGGAGCAACAGGUACUGGUAAAACUUUUACGAUGGCUAAUAUUAUCCAAACUGCCCAAAAACCAACUUUAAUUUUGGCUCAUAAUAAGACCUUAGCAAUGCAAAUUUACCAAGAAAUGCAAGGAUUUUUUCCUCACAAUCGGGUCGAGUAUUAUGUUUCUUAUUUUGAUUAUUAUCAACCAGAGGCCUACAAACCUGCUAGUGAUACCUAUAUCGGAAAAAAAGUACAAAGAAAUGCUAACAUUGCCAAAAUGCGUUUAAAAACCUUAAACUCUCUAGUUACUGAUUCAUCCGUAAUUGUGAUAGCAUCGGUAGCAGCGAUUUAUGGUUGCUUUAAUCCGACUUCUUACCGAAAGGUGGUUCUCCAUUUAGAAAAAGGACAAGUGAUCAAUAGAGAAACAAUUAGUUCAAAAUUAACCCAUUUAGGUUACAAAGAGGAUAAAAAAAUUAAUCCAGGAAAUGAAAUAACCCAAAUAGAAAAAAGAAAUAAACAAACCAGCGAAAAAGUUCGGGAAGUGACCAAAAUUGCUAUCCCGCCCAGUCAAGAUUAUGUUGGUGAAGAAGGAGAAAAUUUAACCAAAAUUCUAGAAAAAAUUGCUGAAGAACUAAUAAUUCGCAAGGAAAAACUAGGGGAAGAAAAAAAUUUUUUAGCAGCAGAAAGGUUAGAAAAAAGAGUCCAAGAAGAUUUAUUUAACUUACGUGAAAUGGGAGUUUGUCCUGGUAUUGAAAACUAUUCUCGUUAUUUUGACGGAAGAAAAGAAGGAGAAACCCCAUUUGUUCUCUUGGACUAUUUCCCGAAAGAUUUUUUAACUAUCAUUGACGAAUCACACAUUACUAUUCCGCAAGUGAAAGCGAUGUAUAAUACAGACCGCCGAAGAAAAGAAACCUUAGUAAAAUAUGGCUUUCGUUUGCCUUCCGCUCUCGAUAAUCGUCCCUUGAACCAAGAAGAAUUUUUUACAAAAAUUGGUUAUACUCUCUACGUUUCAGCUACACCCGGGAAAUUUGAAUUAGACAAGGUAAAUUAUCAGCCAGUUGAGCAAAUUAUCCGUCCAACUGGGCUUUUAGACCCUCAAAUAGAAGUAAGAAGUUCUCGUAAUCAAAUUGCUGAGAUCAUGGAAGAAAUAACUAAAAGAAGUGAAAAAGGAGAAAAAGUCCUUAUUUAUGCUUUAACUAUCGUAAUGUCUGAAGAAAUUGCCAACUUUCUGCAAGAAAAAAACAUUCGUGUAGUUUACUUACACAGCAGGUUAGAAAUUUUUGAUCGUUAUCAAGCCAUUACCAGCUUGAGGCGUGGAGUGUAUGACGUAAUAGUAGGAAUCAAUUUAUUAAAAGAAGGAAUAGACUUGCCCGAAGUUUCAUUAGUAUGCAUUUUAGACGCUGAUAAAUCUGGUUUUUUGCGGGAUACCCGCUCCUUAAUCCAAAUCAUCGGGCGAGCAUCCCGAAAUAGUAGCGGUAAAGUUAUCCUCUACGCUGACAAAAUUACCAAUAACAUGUUAGAAGCUAUUGAAGAAACUAAUCGCCGUCGCCAAAUCCAACAAGAAUACAAUUAUCAAAGAAAUAUUACUCCGCAGACAGUUCAAAAGCCCAUCAAGGAUAUAAUUCUAGAUUACGAAAUAACUAUCUUGGUCGAAAAAGCUCAACGAGGAGAAAUGAAAAAUAAGGAAUUAACCAAGUUAAUUAAAGACCUACGAAAGAAAAUGAAAAGGUCUACUCGAGAAUUCAAGUUUGACCAAGCUAUUGCUUUUCGUAAUGCUCUCUUAGACUUAGAAAAAUUAGAAAUAGUCUUAUAA